AUGGGGUUAGCGUCUUCUUUUGAGCAUCCCCUUUGGUGCUGGUUCGGCCGGCACUGCAUGACAGGUGCGUCAGCCAUGGCUUGGCAGGGCCCGGGGUUGAUCAUCGGCCCAUAUCAAGAGACAGGCCCCUCCAUUCUUUCAAGUCUGGGAACCAUCUCCCCUCCAACAUAUUGUCAACGUCGACGUAAACACCAUUUAUUGUAUCGCCAGCAAAUAUUUGCCCGGGAAUAUCCAGUUCUACUCUCUUGCCCCGAGAACUACCCAACCAACACCGAUACCAUGAGAGUCUUCUCUUUCCUUAUCGCGGCCCUGACCUUUUUCGCUGGCGUCAUUGCCGUGGACAUCCAAAAGUCGGUCCUGAUCAGCUACCCCCCCGAGACCCCCGAUUCGGUUGUCGACAAUGCCAAGAAGGCCAUCAAGGAUGCCGGAGGAGUCAUUACCCACGAGUACACUUUGAUCAAGGGCUUCGCGGCCAAGGUUGGAGAGAAGGUAUUGGAGACUGUUACUGCGUGGGGUGAGGAGUACAAGGUCUCGGUCGAGGAAGACGAGGAGGUGCACAUCAUGGGCGGCAGCCACAUUGGAAUCUGACGAAGGCAAAAAACGACAAAGGAAAAGAAUCAAGUAACGAUGGGUCAUGAGGGGCGCCCUGAAUGAGGGCUCCUUGUGCGACGAUGGACUACACUGAUUGGCGUCAUCUGGAUGGUUGGGUGGUUGAAUAGACCUGCUGGGUCCUGUACACGAGGGUAGUGUUAUUGGUUAUUCGCGAAUUAGUUCUGAAUACGUGAUGCGUGUGGUGUGGUGUGGUGUUGAAGAUACAGCUGUGUGGCAUGCUUUGCUCAGUUAGAGGAGCUCAUAGCACUCUCGACGAAGGUCUCCAUGACUACGAGUCCUGUUGGCAUGGAAACAAACUACCUAGUAAAACAGAUUGCCAACGCUCAGUUGAGAUCACCUGCGCCGGUGCCAUACAUACCAUUCCCAGCGUUGAAGUUCCUAGUCAACGUUAGAUCCACCAAGAGCCUCGUGGUUCGGAUGUGGGUAACAACCACUACCAACACCUCAUGGCAAACAGAAAGCUCCUAUUUCCGGG